CAGCCGUCUCCGGAGUAAUCUGCUAUCGGAGAACCAACGUCAGCCAACUACGACCGGAAUUUGUUGGAUGAAGCUGCAUAUUUUGGUAAUCGUUAGAUGUCAUUCGCUUCGGAAUAUGCCUGCUCAAUUCACGCGAAAACCACCUUCCUGGCCAAGAUAAUCAUUAAUUGCCAAAUAGAUCGAUGUGGCAAAGUUUACUUAUUGGCUUAUAAGAAUCUAUCGAAAGGGCUGGUCUCACGUUCCUACUGUUGUCUUUGAUACAGCUGUUCUAUAGUAACAAGAUCAAUUGUUCUGCAUACUUUGUCUACCAUGGCGAGCCCUAUUUUUCCCGUCAUUGAUUAUUCGCGGCUUGUAUCAAGUGAUUCCAUAAUUGCUGCGGAAGAGAAAGACAAGCUCUUUCAGUCCUUCCACGAUGUUGGCUUCAUAUAUCUGAAAGGCUACAUCUUCACUGAUGAUUUCGUGAAAACCAUUUUCUCCCACAUCCACAAGCUCUUCGACCUACCAGAAGAACAAAAACUCGCCAUUGAAGGUGACGAAAAAUCAGCUUUUCGCGGGUGGUUUGCACCAGUCCGAACUGCUCGUAAUCCCGAAACUGCAGAUCAGAAAGAGGCGUUUGGGCUGGGAAAUGACGCUGAUCCCACUCGUCCCAACCGGUGGCCCAAGGACUGGCCUGAAUUCCGCAAUGACUGUUCGCGCUUUUUUGAGGAGUGCUUCCAGAUGCAUUUGGAGAUCUUGCGUGCCUUGACGGAGAAAGUUGGACUGCCCCGUGAGACCCUCGUACCUUCGGUCCAAGCCAAGGAUUCCUACACGGCUCUACUUCAUUAUCCCGAGACGACCGUCGAGAGUUUCGACCAACGGGUUCGGUCAGCGCCUCACACAGAUUUUGGCACCCUGACUCUGCUCUUCAACGACUCCAUUGGCGGCUUACAGGUGCGCAACAAGCAGGGCGAAUGGUGUGAUGCGCCUCCCAUUCCCGGCCAUGCGAUUGUGAACGUGGCGGACCUUCUCGCCCGCUGGUUCAACAACCGCCUGAAAUCCACCGAGCAUAGAGUUGUCGCACCCCCCGUGGAGACUCGUAAGCUGGCAGAUGGAUCAGUGACAAACGUAGUCCCUGCCCGAUAUGCUAUUGCCUGGUUUGGUCAUCCAAACCGCGAUGCCGUCAUCAAGCCCCUGGCUGAGUGCAUUGCCGAUGACUACCCGCAACAGUAUGAAGCUGUUAUCGCAGGAAAGCACGUCAAAGAGCGCAUGGCGCGACUUCUGGACGAGGGAAAGCUCCCAGAGAAAUGGUCGGAUGAUAUGCACCGCAAAGAGGUGCCAGCAGUGUGAUUUAGUCUUUCUACAGGAUCUUGGCCUAUUUCUCUUUUUGUUUUGUACGAGAUUACACUAAGUAAAUAAAUGAAUGUGAUGUUUCUUUUCCCGUAAAAGAGCUCUUGCAGAUUAGGUUUUACGAAUUGAAGAUUAUUUUGCGCCUGCUUGCUCCAUGGCCAUGUAAAAUUGGCAUUGUUCCGACUCCCCUCCUAAUUUUGUUUCCUUAGUUGUCUUCAAAGGGAUCCGAUUAGACUUGCAGUCACUCGAUUUAUUCUCUUCACUCGCUUAGUGAUGUGUUUAUUCCCACAAUGGCCACCUG